UUAUUUGCCUUGUGCAUUGCAUUGGAUUGCAUUGAUUGCAUGAAACCAAGGUGCACAUCGAGGUCCUUGUGUGUCAAAUGACUCGGAAGAGCGCUGCUGAAAGCAAUGGUUCUCAUGGCGACCAUUGGUCCACCCAGUGGGUAUGCAGCCUUUCAGUGGUGAUGUUCGUGGUUGCCUUCGGGCUUUCUGGCCAAGUACUGCCAAGGUUUAUGACCAGCCAAUGCACCUCCGAGCAAGGGAUGUGCACGCCGGGAGGAUGCACCUGCCCCUUCCCUUUGAUGAAGCGGGAUUUGGUGACACAGGAUGCGCAAGCAUGCUCCCAAUGUGUGGAAGAAUUCUGCCCAGCAGUUCCAGAAGGAGACACUGCUUGCUCUUCCACAGCAUGCGAGUGCGAAGACCCUUCCUGGCCCCGGAUUGACAUUGGCACCGAGCAAAAACCCUGCUUGCAGUGCGUGCACCCGCAUGUGGACAUGACGCUUCGUGGGGAUCACGGCGACUGCCUGGAGUUGUCCGAUAGCCUGCAGCCAAGAGGACCAAAUGGAACAUGUACAGUUUUCCGUUUUAACGGAGCAGCGAUGCUAGCCAAGCCUUCCAACAGUUGUUUGACUUGGGCUGACGAAUCUUGGCAGGUGGUUCAGUGCCGAGGCACGCCUGACAGCAGUGCAAAGUUCACGCAACGCAGUCGAGGUGAAGAGGAUUCGAAGAACGUCUACUGCACCGGCAGAGGGAAGCAAUGUCUGCACUCUGUUGAGUACAUGUGUACAACAGAUCCUUCUCAAUGCAGUACAGAACAAUGUCGCUGUGAAGAUCCCACUCAUGUUCGCAAGGCACUGCAAACAAUCAACAGAUCGACCUGCUAUUUGUGUGCACCUCCACUUCCGACGUGCUCCUCGUCGCCUGCUUGUUCACCUGGACCGUGCGAGUGCAAGCCCGGCUUCUUCAAGGCACGUCAAGCUGACGACUGCUUUAGCUGUCAGCCGGGAUCUGCACCUUCAUUGACAGGAUUUAGCUCGCUUUUGUCCUUCAUUUCUGCUGCAGCAACGUUUUUGUGCUGUGUGGCUCUUGGUGUGGCCGUUGGCUGCGCUAUCCGCCGAUUCAUUGUUGGAGACGCAGCUCCUAAUUUGCGUCGAAGACGACGCGGUGCUCAACCACCAAGGACUUGGUCGGAGCGCUGGGCGCUCCAUCUAGAAGAUGCAGCCCAGGCAGCAUACGACCAUGUGAGCUGCUGGAAGCCAUUGCGGCGUGUGAGCUCAGCAGUGUGCAAGGGCCUGGACGCUUGCGACGAAGCCUUGGAGCCCGUCUACGUUGUGCUGGAAGCGGCUUUGGAUAAGGCCCAGAACGCUUUGGGGGCCAUCAGCCCCAAGUUCAAUGAGAUCUUGGGAAAGGCGGACGAAGCGAAGAGGCCUUUGCGAGCUAAGCGUGAUCCGCGAAAGGAGAAUCGAGGUCCCAGAGGUGCUCGGCCAAGCCAAGAGGCGGCACAGGCCGAGAAGGAGACCGGGGACUUGGCAUGGGAUCCGAUCAGCAUGAGCAUGAGCAGCGAGGCGCCAGGCUCGGUGACAGUGCCGAAGGAGUGGAUGAACUUCAUCGUCCCUGGGCUCUCAGCUCGGCAAUCUGCUCGGCCUAGGAGCGACUCUCCUCCGCCCACCAGUGCGGUGCAGCGCCUGCGGCAGCGCCGAGAGGCCAAGGCGCAGGCUGCGGCUGAGAAGGCUGCAGCGCAAGCAGCAGCCCCCAUGACUGAGGCGCCUGUGGACGAGUCAUGGAUUGAUGCAAUGGAGCGGGAGGAAGCGAAAGAGCGGGAGGCAAAGGAGCGAGCUGCUGCACAGCGCAGGGAGCGGAAGCAAGCUGCCAAAGCAAGGCGUGCAAAAGGCUCAGCUGAAGGUCCAGGGAGCUUCCAUGCUAGCCUGAGGGAGGUUGACAGCUGCAAGGAAGGCGUAAGCACUCACACUGGAAAGCAGGUGUUAUUUGGCCAGGAGAGCGCCUCGGGGGAGAAGCAGCAGUCGGACCGCCUGUUCAGCGAGGCCAUCCACGGGAUGUUCCUGUUGGCGACCUCUGAUGCUGGCCACGCAGAGAAGGCGAGCUCCGUGAGGGAGGUGGCAAAGAAGCAGACAGCCGAAGCUGAAGCGGAGGAAGCCGAGGCUGAGGAGGAAGCCGAGGGUGAGGAGGAAGCCGAGGGUGAGGAGGAAGCCGAGGGUGAGGAGGAAGCCGAGGCUGAGGAGGAAGACGAGGCAGAGGAGGAAGCCGAGGUUGAGGAGGAGGUUGCGGCUGAGAUCCGUCCAUGCAAGGAGGACAUCAUUGAUGUCAAAUCCGUGGAUCUCAAGGCUGGCAAUGAAGAUCUUUUGGAUGAUGACGUUGCAGAGGACAAUGACGAUGGCUGGACCAGGAGUACUCCCUCCAAAUCUCGUGGGAGUGGCAAGCGUCGAGGCCAAGAGAAGGCAUCGCCAGACCGAAGGGAGUCAGGCCACAUUCUGAGUGAACAGGAGCCUGCUGCUGAGCCGGAUCCGCAGCAAGAUCCGGAGCCAUCGGAGACCCAAGAAUGCGAGGUGGAGCCUCAGCAGGUUGAGCCUUCGCUCUCCAAGCGGCAAAAGCAGCGACUGCGGCAGCGUCAAGGCCAGGACAAGAAGUCGGAAGCACCAGCGAGAAAAGCUUCCAAGGAGGCAGAGAGCGCAAAGCAGCCAAAAGCUGGGCCUACGCCUACAGCCAGUACUUCUGAUGCGCGGAAAGAGCCAAAGGCACCAAAAGCUUCCAAUGCAAAAGCAGACGCAGACGUGAAAGCAGAUGUGACUGCCUCACAAGUCCAAGAAGAUUCCGAAGAACCUAAGGCCCUCGUGCGGAACUUCGCAGACGUGGUGGCCGGCAGACCCGCAAGGCCACCAAGGGAGGAGGAGGACGACUUCGAGGAGGAGAUGUUGGGCUUCUCGUCCUUCACCGCGGAUGCGCCAGACUUCGUCCCCAUGGCCUACCAGGCGAUGACCGCCUCUGCGUACAGCUACGCCAUGGGCUCCAGGAGGCCGCGGCGGCGCAGAGGGCGCAAGGAGGCGGAGGAUUCGCAGGCGCUGCCGCUCACCACGGUGGUCAUCACUGAGAUCCCAGAUUACGACGCGCAGUCCCUGAGGCUUCAGCUGGAGGGGUGGGGAUUGCCGUACAACUUCUUCUACAUGCCGGCGGAGAGGCAGGAAGAAUACGGCCAAUGCGCUGUCGUGAACUUUGUGGAUCCAAGUUGUGUGAUGAUAUGCCAGCAGCUCUUUCAGCAGCUGGGCGAGGGCAGCGUGAACUUCUUCCCGGUGCAGGGCUUGGAGAACAACGUGUCCUAUUGGACCUCCAUGGGCGUCACAGAGGACACAGUGAGUGGCCCUGUGGUGAUUCCGGAAGCAGCGCAAUGGUUUGACCCCUCCAUGCUCAGCAGCAAGUUCUCGCCGCAGAUCAGAGAGCAGUUUCACAAAACCAAGAUGUGCGUCUUCAACAAGAAGCAGAAGUGCAGCAUGGGUGCGCAAUGUCCCUUUGCGCAUUCUGAGGAGGAGCUACAAAAGGCGCCGGAUUUGACAAAGACUAAGCUGUGCUACAACUUUUUUCGUCGGAAGUGCAACGACUCCAAGUGCAAGUUUGCCCACGGGUAUGGAGAGCUUCGGGCUACUGACACGGUGUUCAAGACCGAGCUGUGCCGAUGGUGGGCAAAUGGUAGCUGCAAGGCCGGGGAUUCCUGCCGCUAUGCUCAUGGCAUAGAGGAGCUGAGGACCUUGGCCUAUCCGAACCCAGGUAUGUUCGGCGCCGACUUUGACCUCUCGCAGCUCUCGCAGGCGGACUUUGGCUUCGACGGCUAUGGUUAUGACUUGGCGGAUUUCCAGAUGCCUGAUAUGCCUGAUGUGACCAACGCCUCGGCGGAUGCAUCGGCGGAUGCAGAUGAUGGUGGUGCUGGCAUUGCGACACCCACCAGCGAAGACAACAUCCAUGAGAUGCUGCAGGAGCGAUCUGCCACCGGCAGCGACGCAGAGAUCUCGGAGGCGCUGGACUUCGGCAUGCCUGGAGUUCCGGCGCCAGGAGUGGGUGUACUCACUAGACAGAGAACGGCUCCACCUUCCGUUGCUGUCAGCAAGGACGACGAUGUCAUUCUCCGGAUCAAGGGCACCUUCAUGGAGGCUGUGCGCAUCGAUGAAGAGCUGCAGCACGUGUCGAUGCACCGCUCGUGGAGCGAUGGCGAUCUCGCCCAGCUCCUGGAGGCUAUGGACAGCGACUCUGACUAGCCUAGUAUCACAGGAGCGCGAGGCUCCAUUGGAAAGCCUGUGGAUCUUUGAGCAAGCGUGCCUGCUUGUUUCCCAAUCUCGCUCAUGUAUGGUUGCA